UAUAUUGUCUCGCUAGAGGCCGUCAUUUCCUUAUCACGAAAACGAGGCCAUUGCGCGGGAAGUAGUUUCAAAAUGGCGGCGGGUACAUCAGGGAUGGGUCUGUCCAGGAGUGAGCUGGAGUCUUUCGUCUGCAGGGCUAAUGAUGUCAUCGACAUCAAACUGGUCCGUAAAGAAUCAGACCUGGAGGACAGUAAAACAACCUUCCAUCCAGAGCUGACUCAUCAGGUCUUCGGUGAAACUGAGAACAUAUUUGGGUACAAGGACCUGUUGGUGAAGCUGUACUACACAGCAGGACGCCUCACCACGUACCUGAACAUGAGCUACAGUCAGAAGGUCGACCCCGUCAGACACGAGGGCAUGCAGGCAGACGAAGUCCUUAAGAACAUAGCAGAGAAGAUGCCGCCAGGAUUCUGCACCAACAUCGACGACUUCUCCAUGUACAUUCCGAAGGAGGCGACGUUCCAGCCCUACGGCACCCUGCUGCACUCCUACAGGAGGGAGGCGGAGGGCGGAGACAGACUGUUCCAGAUUUACAAGGCAGACAUGUCUGUUCCCGGGUUCCGUGAGUUCCAUGAGAGGUUACAGAUGUUUGUCCUGUGGUUCAUCGACGCUGGAUCAUUCAUAGAUGUGGAUGAUGAGAAGUGGAACUACUAUCUAAUAUUUGAGAAGUAUGCGUGUGACGGCAGCCACCGCUAUGCCACGGUGGGAUACCUGACUGCCUACAGUUACUACGCCUACCCGGACAAACUCAGGCCAAGGAUAAGCCAAGUGCUGGUGCUGCCCCCGUUCCAGCGUCUGGGCCACGGAGUGGAGCUGCUGCAGACAGCGUACAGGGACAUGAGGGAGAACACUGAUGUACUCGACAUCACAGUUGAGGACCCGUCUGAAGAGUUCCUGCGGCUGCGAGACUUUGUUGACUGCGUGAACUGCAAGAUUCUGCCUGCCUUCUCACCGCAGCUGCUGUCGGGAGGUUUCACCGCAGACAUGGCACAGCAGGCACAGGAGAAACUCAAAAUUAACAAGAAACAGGCCCGGAGAGUGUACGAGAUUCUGCGCCUGGAACAGACAGACGUCAGUGACGCUGCAGAGUUCCGAGAGUUCAGGCUGGACGUCAAACGCAGACUCAACGCACCGUUUAGGAAAGAGAGCUCGUAUGUAGAGAAGCUGAGGAAGGUGCUGAAGCCAGAAGAGUUGGUGGUGGCCAUGGAAGACUUCAGUGUGGAGAACAGACAGGCAAAACUGGAGGAGAUGUUCCAGGAUAACCUCACACACUACAAAAGGGUGCUGGAGAGGCUAGCCGUGGCCUGAACAUUUCUCAAAUUUGAGUCAAAUUAAUGAUGAUGAAAGUAGCCUUUUUUGGGGGCUCUAAUCCGGAUUUUGUUGGUGAAAUACAGUUAGUUAUUUGAAGACAAUACUGUGUGAAAGUGUUGAAAACUUGGCACACUGGGUUUAGUAGAAAAAAAAGUCACAAGAAAAAUGACCUAAAAAAGAUUGGCACAAAUUGAAAAAGAUGGCUUCCAUACAUGUACACCUAUUCACUGCAGCAGUUUGUUCUUUGUCAUUUUUUUAUAAUAUCCAUUCAAUAUUGACUUCUGUUCAUCUCCUAGUGUUUAGUAGCUACAUAUACAGUACUACCUCCUAACACUCUAUUCUUUUUCUGCACACUAUAUUCCUUCCCCCCAGAAAAAAAAGAAUUACGGCCUUAUAAUUCCUAACUGUCCCUCUAGAGUCUAUAGUUGAACUGCUGA